AUGCGGUCGCUAAACCAAGAUACCGGAGUUAUAUUGGCUGUUAAAAACAUUGAUGUAAAUGAAUUAAAUUUAAAAAUUCAAGAACAAAUUACAGGUGAAUCGAGGAUAUAUAAAUCAGUUGAUUCGGCAACUAACCAAGAUGAUGUAGUCAACUAUCCACCUGAAUUUUUAAACUCGCUGGAUUUACCAGGAUUGCCACCUCACAAUCUUCAACUAAAGGUUGGAUCGGUAGUUAUAAUGUUGCGAAAUAUCAACCAACCGCGUCUGUGCAACGGCACACGGUUAGCGAUAAAAAAAUUACUGAACAACGUGAUAGAAGCAACUAUACUGAAAGGAAAGUAUAAAGGAGAGGAUGUUCUCAUACCGUGCAUCCCAAUGAUUCCGACUGAUGUGCCAUUUGAGUUUAAACGACUACAGUUUCCAUUGCGGCUUGCUUUUGCUAUGACCAUAAACAAGUCCCAGGGGCAAUCAUUAAGUGUUUGUGGUAUUAAUUUGGAAAACCCAUGUUUCUCACAUGGUCAAUUAUAUGUUGCCUGUUCCCGUUUUGGGAAACCAUCAGAUUUGUUUGUCUAUGCGCCAGGCGAUCAAACAAAAAACAUCGUAUACCACAAAGCACUACAAUGA